CAAAUGGCUACUCGUCUUUUUCUUGUGGCUACACUUUUGUUAUCAUGUUUGGCAGCUACUAGUCAUGGUGAAAUAUUGUUCUCUAGCCUCAAGAGUAGUCUUUUAGUAUCUGCUUCACACAGACAAGGAGUUCUGAAAGCUGGGGAAGGCGAUAUAACAUUGACAUGGUCAUAUAAGAGCAGCAACCUAGCUGGAACAGACUCAACCUACAAGACAGUCAAACUGAAGCUUUGUUAUGCACCCAUUAGCCAAAAGGAUCGUGCCUGGAGGAGAACAGAGGACCAUCUCAAGAAAGACAAGACUUGUCAAUUCGACAUUGUUACUAAGCCAUACAAGUCAGCUAACAACAAUUUCACAUGGACAAUUGAAAGAGAUGUCCCCACCGGCACCUAUUUCGUCAGGGCUUAUGCCUUAAAUUCUGCAGGAGAAGAGUCUGGUUAUGGCCAAAACACCAAUGCCGAGAAAACUGACGACUUGUUCGAGGUUCAAGCCAUCAGCGGCCGCCACGCAACGCUGGAUAUCUGCUCUGUUGUCUUCUCUGUUUUCUCUGUUGUGUCCCUCUUUGGUUUCUUUUACAUGGAGAAGAGAAAAGCCAAGGCAAGUCAGCACAAGUGAUAGAUCUAUCUGCAUGAUCAUAUGAUCAGUGGAAUAUGAUAGAUACGACGGUUCAUUAAUGCUCAUGUGUAAUGACUGAUGCAAGACAUCAAUUAUGUUUGUUUAUUGUACUACUUACUGUUUUAACUAGAAAUUGUAACGAAUAAUAUAGUUGAGGAUGCAACUACUACGUAUAUUUCUGAUGGUUA